AUGCUUCUUACCCUCGCAAUCUUCUCCCUCGCCAUCAUUGGCAUCGUCGUCACCUUCCUAACAUACCUCUUCACCCCACCCCCGUCCUUCCCAACCUCCCUCCCGACAAUCCCAUUCUACUACACGCUCCUCCCCCUGCUCAACCAAACCCUCAAGUGCCCUCCAACCUCCCAAGUGACAUUAUACCAACAAUACCUCUCCACCCCCCUGAAAACCCACGGCGCCGUCAAGCUCUUCUUCGGCGGCCGCUGGAACAUCCUCAUCACGAAACCGUCGUACAUCGCCGAAGUCUUCAAGAACGAGGGCCUCUAUGCAAAGUCCGGCAACCAGAAGAAGAUCCCGCAUGGCGUGCUGGCGCAGUAUACGGGGGAUAAUAUCAUCUCCUCGCAUGGGCGAAAUUGGAAGCUUUACACGGGUGUCUUUAAGCCUGGCUUGCAGAGGGACUAUGACCCGUCUGGCGUGUGGGCGAAUGCCGAGAAGUUGGUGCAGUUGGUGAAGGCCGAGAUGAAGGGGCGAGGCUGGGUGGACGUCAACCCGCUGAUGCAGCGGUAUGCGCUUGCGAAUCUGAGUGAGGUUUUGCUGGGGAGUGCGUUUGGGACGAUGGAAAAAGCAAACGCGCCCCUGCACGCCUUCCAGCUCCUCAUCAAGCCCAAGAUCUUCGACCCCAUCUUCCUCAACUUCCCGGUCCUCGACUACCUCCCGCUUCCGACGCGGCAGGACGCACGGAAGCUCGUCUCGAACUUUACAGACGAACUCGUCGACACAGUCCGCAGGGGUCAUGAAGAAUGUGACCACGAGAAAGAAACCAAGAACCUCGGUUGCCGGCUCCUCCACGCUUACGAAAGCGGCCUGUUCACCGAGACACAGCUGCGGCACAACAUGAUCAGUGCGUUUCUGGCGGGCCACGAGAACCCGCAGCUCCUGCUUAUCUCGGCUUUAUUCCUGCUGGCUGAUCAUCCUGAAAUACAGCAAGCCCUCCGCACCGAACUCUCCACCCUCGACUCCAACUCCGACUCGUCAGAGAAACCGUCCUACAACGCCCUUUCCUCCCUCCCCCUCCUCACAAGCACAAUCUACGAAGUCCUCCGCCUCUACCCCCCAAUCUCGCAACUGAUCAACCGCCGCACCACAGCCCCAGCCUUGCUCGGCGGAGAAAUCCCCAUCCCGACAGGAACAUACGUCGGCUACAACGCAUACGCGACAAACCGCGACGUGCAAUUCUGGGGUCCCGACGCAGAGGAAUUCAGACCAUCCCGCUGGGGAAAGAGUCUGGACGAGAUCAAUGCGUGUUUUCGGAGGGCGAAUGCCAAGGGCGCGUUUAUCAGUUUCCAUGGGGGGAGGCGCGCUUGUCUUGGGCAGAGGUUUGCGUUGCUCGAGGGGAGGGUUACGCUUGCGAGGCUUCUGAGGGUGUUUAGGUGGGAUGUUGAGCCGGGGUGGGAGCGGGGGAUGACGCCUGCGGGGCCAUUGUAUGCGCGGAAUCUGAGGUUGAGGUUUUUUUGA